CUGACAGAGGGGAAAGAGAGAGAGACAGGGAGAGAGUGAGAGAGAGAGAGACAGAGAGCGAGUGAAAGAGAGAGGAAAAAAAGGAGAGAGGCAGAGAGAAGUGUGCGCAAACGUUUGACUGACUGAGUCACCCAUGGAGUGAUCUGAACAGUUAGAGAAACAGAACAAGGCACAGCAGAAGUCAGAUAGAGAGAGAGAGAGAGAGAGAGAGAGAGAGAGAGAGUCAAACCUAAACAUAUUUACGUUUUUUUCAUUUAUACGUUUUUAUUAUUUCAAAUUUUGUUUUCUCUUAAAAAGCGGUGGUGGAAACACGAAGUGACAUGUUGGCUCUACUCCUGAUGCUGCUGCAGUUUGCCAGCAGAUCGCAGGCUCAUGGGACUCAGAGUGCCAGUCUGCCUGCCAGUCUGUGCCCGGCGCCAUGCCAGUGCCAGGAGGAUGGGAUUCUACUGAUUGUCGACUGCUCGGAGCUUGGACUAUCGGCGGUGCCCGGCAACCUCAGCCCCCUGACGUCCUACCUAGAUCUCAGCAUGAAUAACAUCAGUGAAAUCCAGCCCAACGCAUUCCACAACCUCCACUUUCUGUCCGAGCUGCGUCUCUCCGGCAAUCACCUGAGACACAUCCCCGGACUGGUGUUCCAAGGCCUCUACAACCUCAAAGUUCUGAUGUUGCAGAAUAAUCAGCUCGAGCGCUUACCCAGCGAAGACCCAUGGGACUUGCCCAACUUGCUGUCCUUGCGUCUGGAUGCCAACCUGAUAAUGGAGGUCCCCCCACAGACCUUCUCUGGUCUCCGCUCCCUCCGGCACCUCUGGCUGGAUGACAAUGCGCUGACGGAGAUCCCGGCGGGAGCCCUCAAUAACCUGGCCUCCCUACAGGCCAUGACCCUGGCCCUCAAUCGCAUCAGCCACAUCCCCGACAACGCCUUCCGCAACCUCUCCAACCUGGUCGUGCUGCAUCUUCAUAACAACAUGAUCAAAACCCUGGGACAGAAUUGCUUCGAAGGACUGUAUAGCCUAGAGACUCUUGAGCUGAACUACAAUGAGCUGCAAGAGUUCCCUGUGGCUAUCCGGACCCUGGCGAAGCUUCAGGAACUGGGAUUCCACAACAACAAUAUUAAGGCCAUCCCAGAGGGGGCUUUUGUGGGAAACCCACUUCUCCAAACCAUAAAUUUCUAUGAGAACCCAAUCCAGUUUGUGGGCAGAUCUGCUUUCCAGUUCUUACCAAAGCUGCAUACUCUCUCCCUAAAUGGAGCCACGGAAAUUCAAGAAUUCCCUGACCUGAAAGGAACAACAAGUCUGGAAAUACUUGCCCUCACCAGGGCUGGUCUCACUACCCUACCACAGAGCCUCUGCCAACAACUGCCCAACUUGAGAUCACUCGAACUGUCCCACAAUCAGAUUGAAAAGCUCCCAAGCUUUUGUCACUGCAAGUCGCUCCAGGAAAUAGCCCUGCAGCACAAUCUGAUCCGGCAGAUCGAGGCGAACACAUUCCAGCAGCUGUCCUCCCUGCGCUCACUGGACCUCAGUUGGAACAACAUCGAGACGAUUCACCCAGAAGCAUUCUUAUCCCUGCACUCUCUGGUCAAACUUGAUCUUACAGAAAAUCAGUUAAGCAUGCUGCCCAUGGAGGGACUGUCCAGUCUCACACACCUAAAGCUGAAAGGAAAUAUGGCCCUGUCCAGUUCUUUCAGGCAGGAGGAUUUCCCCAAGAUAAGGGUGAUUGAAAUGCCCUUUGCCUACCAGUGCUGCGUGUAUGGUGCCUGCAACAGUCACAAAUCCAUCAACCAAUGGGAUGCGGAGCAAAUCAGUGAAGACGAUGACCUGCAUAAGAGGACCAUAGCUUUAUUUCCUAACAACUAUGACCCCGACAUGGAAGAAUUCCAAUUAGAAAUCGAAGAAUCCAAACUGCAAACCAGCAUCCAGUGCACACCACUCCCAGGUCCCUUCAAGCCCUGCGACUACAUGUUUGAUAGCUGGGGCGUGCGGCUGGGAAUGUGGGCUAUCACUCUCAUCUCGCUGGUGGGCAACGGUCUGCUGAUCAUCAGCGUCUUCGGCUCGCCCACCUACCUGUCCCCGGUCAAGUUCGUCAUCGGCUCCAUCGGCGGCGCCAACCUCCUGACGGGCCUGUGCGCCGGCACGCUGGCCAUGGUGGACGUGCUGACGUUCGGCGAGUUUGCGCGGCACGGCGCCCGCUGGGAGUCGGGCACGGCGUGCCAGACGACCGGCUUCGUCUCCAUCUUCGCCUCGGAGGCCUCCAUCCUCUUCCUGACGCUGGCGGCCGUGCAGUGCAGCGUGUCGGUGUCGUGCGUGCGCGCCUACGGCAAGUCGCCGUCCUUCGGCAGCGUGCGGGCGGCCGCCGCCGCCUGCGUGCUGCUCUCCGUGGCCGUGGCGGCGCUGCCGCUGGGCAAGGUGGGCGAGUACGGCACGUCGCCCCUCUGCCUGCCCUCCCCCUUGCCCGAGGGCCGGCCGUCCACGCUGGGCUUCAUGGUGGCGCUCAUCAUGAUGAACUCCCUCUGCUUCCUGGUCAUCACCGGCACCUACAUCAAGCUGUACUGGGACCUGAUGAAGGGCGAGUUCGACAGCAUCUGGGACUGCGCCAUGAUCAAGCACGUGGCCUGGCUCAUCUUCACCAACUGCCUGCUCUACUGCCCCGUGGCCUUCCUCACCUUCUCCUCGCUGCUGGGCCUCUUCCCCGUGGCCGAGGAGGUCAUCAAGUCCGUCCUGCUGGUGGUGCUGCCGCUGCCGGCGUGCCUCAACCCGCUGCUCUACCUCCUCUUCAACCCGCACUUCCGCGAGGACGCCCGCCUCUUCUGGAGCCGCGCCAAGCUGGCGCCCGAGGAGACGCUGGACUCCUUCGUGUCCAUGGAGACCGAGAAGAGCUCCUACGACUCCACGCAGGCCCUGGUGUCGUUCGCCGAAGUGGACACCCUCUUCGACGCCUCCGCCUUGCCCAAGAUGGAGGUGGUGGAGGACCGUUACCCCUGGUCACCCUCCGUGCCUCUCAUCCCCUGCCAACAGAAGAUGCUGACCAUCGGCAGAGAGCGUAUGGCCGGGUCUGUGCCGGGAAUGUGCCUUAACGAGGAGGAGUGUUUGAGAGGCAACGGGCUGGACAGCAUCAAUGGCAGCUCCUUCCCCACUGGAGUAUGUCACUCAUCUCCCCUCGCAUCUCAUUUGUAAAUCAAUUAUGUGGCCAUUUGAGACUUCUAAGGACCAUUUCAGAAAGAGAAAGAGAGAGAGGGAGAGAGAAGGGAAGAAAAGAAAGAGUACAAAAGCGGAAUAUUCUCCUUGGACACUGCCGUGAAUCUAUCCUUACAUUUUGGAACAUUAUGUUGACUGUCUUUGAUGAAUGAACUAAUUAAUUGUGGGGAUUGUGGUUUGUGGUUUCCCAGGGAAACAUCAACCAUUAUGCUAUUGUGCCAUCACAGGAAAGCAGAUUAAUUUAUAUAUUCAGGAAGCUGUCUCAUGUGGCGACUGACAUGUAACUUCAUUUUUCAACAUGGCAAAAGGAGGUAACAAAGGGUUUUAGUACCAUAAACAAAACACAUCAAAGAGGCGCAGAGAAAACAAGAGAAUGAGCUGUUGAUGCAGACAUGAGAUUUAACAAUGUGUAAAAUUGAAAAACUCUCAUUAUGUUUCCUUCACACCUCCUUGUCUGACAUAAUGAGCUACAUUUUAAUUAUAGUUUCGGUAUAAUUUAGAAUGGAUUCCUGGUCCAGCUCUCCUUCAUGUGCAGAUCUCAAACACAACCGAUUCUCCACCCCAGAUGAUUAUAGAGCCCUUGAUUACCUCAAGAGUUCAGACAUGCAGUGCUUUGCUUUCCCAUGAACAUGAAUCAUUUCCACUCAAUGUGCUAAUGGCUUUGGUAUAAUAAAACAUUUUUUUUUCUAGUGUGGUGAGAGCAGUACAAUGAGAAGUUUACCAUUGGAAUUUUUCAGAAGCCCUAUUUUUUUCCCCAAAUGCAUUUCAAACUCUUCCAUGUCUUGCAUGGAACCAAAUAUACCUUGUAUACAAUUAUAUUUUAGUUUCCACCAAACAAAUUGAAAUAAUUAACUUGACAGAUUAUACGUUUCUCAAGACUUGUAACAACAGACAAUGAAAAUGUAAGUAAAGGGACAAACUGCAAUGUAUGGGCUCACUAUGUAUUUCACUGUAUUUAAGAAAAAUAUACAUUUCAUGUCUGGUUUAAAAGGGAAUUUACUGCUUUAGUCACAAAUGAUUAUCUAUGAUACUACAGACCCCUACCAGAUCACAUUCAUGGCAUUGCAGCAACUUUAAAUGUUUUGAUUUUGUAUAGUACAUACAAUUUGACACAUUCUGUAGAAACGGAAUGUACUUCCAUUUUUCCAGUUUAGGCUGACAAAGAAAGGCAAUUUACUGCCAUUUAGAUCCGCAGUCAAGUUUGGAUGGCCAUUAUUGUCUGUGUAUAGUAGGCUAGCUGUUGUAUGUACAGUUGUAACUACCUCUGACCUAGCAUGCUAUUAUUUCAUUGUACCCCAAGUGUGUUGAUCGUCUCUUUUUACACAAAGUAUGUUAAAUUUAUAUAUAAUUUUAUAUUAAAGUAAAUACCAUAGUUUGUAAAACACGUACUAUUUUGGAUGUACAUAUUUUCAUAUUUCUGUACA